GGACAAAUUCAACUAUUACAUAGCUUUGUUUAAUAUUUGUGACUUUUAUUAUAAUAUUAUUCUACUUUUGGCACACACACUCAUUGAAAAAUGGCUAAAGCAGCGGCAGUAUACAAUAGAGUAAGAAAUAUGAAAUCAACUACCCCAACAUGUUUACCUCAUUCUGAAGCUUUUGUAGUUGGUGAUCGUCAAAAUUCCCCCGAAGAUUUGGUUUUUGAUCUUUUCAAAAUCCCUCAUCGAGAUGAGGCACAUGUGGGCAGACUUCUUUAUACUCUCAGGGGCUUUGGACUUACUUCUGAUGAUCAACGCCUAGCCCCAAUGCUAGAAAAAAUGCGGCAAUGUUUGGAUAUUGAAAAUAAUGCAGAAGCAACAACAACUACUGUUGAUGGAAUGCACAAAGUAACCAAUAAACAUGGUGAGGAAGUCCAUGGGGAAGAGCUUCAUUUUGGUAGACAUUUGGGCCGUGAACAAUUUAAAGCUUGUGUCCGUCCAUGUAUUGAUCUGGUUUCACGUGCACUUCGUAAUCAAUUAAUUAUACCCAAUUGGACAGAAUUUACUGCUAAAAUUAGAGAAAUUUUUGAAGAGUGUCGGUCAGAGGAAGGUGGAGAUGUUGCAACUUAUAUUCCUCAAUUGGCUAGAGCAGAUCCGAAUCGUUGGGGACUUUCAAUUUGUACAAUAGAUGGACAACGCUUUUCUCUAGGCGAUUCUCUUUUUCCUUGGUGUUUUCAAUCAGUCUCCAAGGCAUUCAAUUAUGCAAUUGUUGCCUCAAUUUUGGGUGAUUAUGUUCAUUCUUUUGUUGGACAUGAACCUUCUGGAAGGCUUUUUAAUGAAAUUUGUCUUGAUUCUAGUGGAAAACCUCACAAUCCAAUGAUUAAUUCUGGGGCUAUAAUUGUCACGUCUUUAAUGAAGAAAGGCUUGCCUAUGGCUGAUAGAUACGAUUUUGCAUUGAAUGAAUAUAAAAAGUUGGCUGGUGGAGGAUAUAUUGGCUUCAACAAUGCAACAUUUUUGUCAGAAAAGAAGACAGCAGAUAGGAAUUAUGCAUUAUCCUACUAUAUGAAAGAAAAUAAAUGUUUUCCUUCUGAUAUAGAAAGUAUUCGAGAUGAAUUGGAUUUUUAUUUUCAAUUGUGUUCUUUGGAAACUAAUUGCGAGGCUGCUGCUGUAAUGGCUGCUACUUUAGCUAAUGGAGGAGUUUGUUCAUUAACUGACCAACCAUGUAUUCAAAGUCGGGCGUGUCGUGAUGUUCUUUCUUUAAUGUAUUCCUGUGGAAUGUAUGAUUAUUCUGGACAAUUUGCUUUUGAUGUUGGGUUACCUGCAAAAUCUGGUGUUUCUGGUGGAAUGAUUUUGGUAAUUCCAAAUUUAAUGGGUAUUUGUUUAUUUUCUCCUCGACUAGACAGAAUGGGAAAUACAACUAGAGGUGUUCUAUUUUGUCAAAAAUUGGUUGAUAUUUUUAAUUUUCACAAUUAUGACUCGUUAUUGCAUGCUGAUUCAAAGAAAAUUGAUCCUAGAAGGCGAAUUGGAAAUAAGGAAACUGACCUGGGCCCUAUUUCAAUUGUCCACAGAUUCUGCGGUCUGCGUUCUGUGCACAGACCACAGAACCACAGAAAUUCUGUUUCAAUUAUUCCACGGAUUCUGCGGAAAAAGGAGUCCGCAGAUUCUGUGGAAACAUGCACAGAUUCUGUGGAAACAUCCACAGAUUCUGCAAAACAUCCAAAAACAUGCAAAAACCACAGAAUUCUAUUUCAAUUAUUUUUCUGUGCACAGAAAAAAAUCCACAGAUCUGUGGCUUUUUUAGUCGAUUCUGUGCAUUUCUGUUUCAAUUAUUUCUGUGGUCUGCGGAAAAUACACAGAAUUCAUUAA